CCCUGGGAUCUGGUGGAUCCUUGCACGUAAUAUGACUGAUCUGAAGCCUUUCAUCUGCCUUCACAGAGCCGAGCUUUUGGAUUUAAGGUAGUUUGCCCGGGACCAGGCUUUGCUAUGUUGGCCAAGACGGUGCUUUCUCUUGGUCUGUGGCUGCGGUUUGCUGCGGGACAGAGCGCACCUGAGAGAGGUCCCCAGCCACCGAUUUCCAAUUCGGAGGGGGAUCUCCUCUUUUUGCUGGACAGCUCUGGCAGCGUCUCCUACUAUGAGUUUUCCAAGGUCAAGGAAUUCAUGUGGGACCUUGUGCAACCUUUCACCUUUGGCCCCAAAGAUGUCCAGGCCAGCAUCAUCCACAUCAGCACUACGCCCACCAUGGAGUUCCCGUUUGACCGGUACCUGUCCAGUGGGACUCUGCAACAAGCCAUCCGGGACACUCAGCAGCUCAUGGGUGACACCAACACAGGCAAAGCGCUCUCCUACGCCAAGGAGAAGUUCUUCAGCGACGAAGCUGGUGCCCGGCCAGAUGUGCCCAAGGUGUUGGUUUGGGUGACAGACGGUUUCUCCACUGAUGACAUCUCUGAACCCAUGCAGCUCCUGAAGGACAUGGGAGUGACAGUCUUCAUCGUCAGCACUGGACGGGGGAAUUACCUGGAACUCUCCGCUGCUGCCAGCCAGCCUCCCGAGAAGCACCUGCAUUUUGUGGAUGUUGAUGACCUACCCAUCAUCACAAAGGAGCUUCGAGAUGCCAUCCUAGAUGUUAUCCAAGCAAACCGGCUCCAUGCAGUAGAUAUCACCUCAAGCAGCUUCCGCCUGAUGUGGCCCAAACUCCUCUCCCAAGAAACUGGCUACUACACCCUAGAGUAUGCCCCGACGGAUGAUCUAGCAAGGAAGAGGACAAAGCAAGUGUCUGGGGAUCACAGUAGCCUCGUGCUAAGCGACCUUGCACCAGAAACCACUUACGAGGUGGCACUCAUUCCUGAAUCCAACGUCCACUACUUCCCUCCCCAGGCGACAAGGGUUACUACACUGGCAGAGGAAAUAAGCCCAGUUCAGGUUCUCAUCUCGGAGUCUGGGCCACACAGCUUCCACGUUAGUUGGGCUCCUAUGCUGGACAGCGUGGUCGGCUACCAGAUCCUGUACGGCCCGCUCCCUGGGAACUCGGUGAAGCUGCUGGAGGUGGACGGCAAGCACAACAGCACUGUGGUGGAGAAUCUGGCACCCAACACAACCUACUUGGUGACGGUGACUGCAGUCUACAGGUCGGGCAAGGAGAAAUCCCUGUCAGCUAAAGCGUGCACUCAGGAAGAGGGCUCCAAAGUGAGGCACCUUCGCUUUGAAGACAUGGGCCCCAACACCCUGAAGGCCUCCUGGGACUCCGCCGAUGGGAAAGUCCUCGGUUACAGAGUCCGAUGCCGGCGGCAAACUGGCCCUUCGUCCGUCCUCAGCGUUUCGCCGCAGAUCCACAGCGUGCUCCUCACCGACCUGGCUGCGGGCACCACCAACAAAGUGUGUGUGAAGCCCAUGUACAAGAACCAGGCGGGCAAGGGGCUGUGCCGCAUGGUGCACAUGCAGCCAGGUACAGAGGCCCAAGGAUACAAGCACAGACAGAGAGCAUGA